GUACACGAAACCACGGGGACAAGAUAACUCUGUAUGUUGUCUGCUAAAAUGAAAGAAGGAAUCUGUCAAAUCUGAAAAUUUUCCUCUUCAUGAAAUGGCUAUGAGUUUACUGCGUAACAAGAUGAGAACAUUUGUGGUUGGCGUUGGCGUGACAAAGUUUGAGAAGCCGAUGACCAAAGCAUGGGACUACCCAGAUAUGGGCAAAGAAGCAGGCGAGGAAGCAUUGAAAGAUGCAGGACUACCCUACAACAAUGUGAAGGCUGUGGUUGCCAGCUACUGUUAUGGAGAACCAACUAGCGGACAGCGAGCUGUGUACAACCUUGGACUCAGUGGGGUCCCAAUCUUUAAUGUCAACAAUAACUGUUCCUCCGGAUCCAGUGCACUGAUGUUGGCUAGGCGUUUGGUCCAAAGUGGGAUGGAGGACUGUGUCAUGGCUCUUGGUUUUGAAAAGAUGGAAAGAGGUCUAUCUGAAAAGUACACAGACCGAACAUCACCAGUCAAGCGUCAUAUGGAUCACAUGGUGAACAUUGGAGCUGAACCAGGUCUCAUCCAGCCACGUCUAAAUCAGAUGACAUCAGAUGUCGUCAAAUUGUAUGCAUAUGCAGCACGAGAAUACCUACAAAAAUAUCCUUAUGCCACUUUAGAUGACAUGGUAGAAAUCUCCUAUAAAAACCAUAAACAGAGCUUGAACAACCCAAAGGCAGCAAUUCAGAGGGUUAUUCCACGCGAUGACAUUAAAACAAAAAUCCCUCUUUGUGACCCAAUCACAUUUUGGAUGUCGGCUCCGACGGCUGACGGCGGAGCAGCUGCCAUUGUUUGUAAUGAGGAUUUUGUGGUGGCCAAUAACCUCCAGCACCAUGCUGUGGAAAUUAUUGCUCAACACAUGGUCACUGACAUGGAUUCAUCCUUUGGGCGGAGCUUCCAGGACCUUUCUGGCUACGGCAUGGCUAAGGAGGCAGCUAAACGCUGUUACCAGGACUCUGGGUUGACACCUGAUGAUGUUGAUGUACUGGAGGUCCAUGACUGUUUCUCUUGCAAUGAACUCUUCAUGUAUGAAGCUCUUCAGUUGGCCCAGGAAGGGAAAGGUGUAGAUCUGAUUCGUAAUGGAAAAUGGUUUAAAAACAAAAAUGGAGGAGAAAUGUGCAAACUUGGUGGAAAGUGGGUUGUGAACCCUUCAGGUGGACUUGAGUCUAAAGGGCAUCCAAUUGGGGCAACAGGUCUGGCACAAUGUGCAGAACUGGUGUCACAGCUGCGAGGGACAGCCAAACUGAAACAAGUUGAUGGGGCAAAGGUUGGACUUCAGCAUAACUUUGGCAUAGGUGGUGCUGCUGUUGUUACUAUGUACCAACGACCUGGACAACUUCAGAAGCAGUCUAAAUUGUGAUUGACUUGUUCUUAGGUUGGAUAAUAUAUAUGAAACAUACUGGUAAUUUGCAAGAUAUUUUGAUUAUUAAGUACUGGUAUACCAGGGAAGUGAUUUUUAGGAAACUAGGUAAACUUAACUGAAUUUUAAUGUAUUACUCCAUCCAUUUCUUCCAAAAUCACAUACCAGGUAUAUGAUGAUCAUUUUCUAGUUGAAAGUGACUAAAACAAAGUAUAAUUUGUAAACUAGUAAUAUCAAUACUAUACACGCUUACUGGCCUUGUAAACUAAUAACUUUAGAGCUGAAUUGAUUCAGGAACUGAUGUAUAUGUGAAGGAUAUUUGUAUUUUACCUGUAUUGAAUUUAAUCUUUUAUUAAGGCCAAAGAGACUUAAAAUAGGAUAAGUUGAGGACAAUCUGAAUAAAAUCAGCUGUUACAUGGCUAUGUUUACUACGCCUGUUUAGAGUUUUGUCUAUUAAGUAUAUAACACUUACGAUUAACCGAUUAUGUUGAUCAUAAUGUCAGGUUUUAAGGAAUGUAUAUUUUUUAACAAAAUGACAAUUAAAAAACAUGUAUAUGAAUGUAAUAGGUAAAUCUCAGUUAACUUUCAUUGACCAGUUUUAGUAACAUUCUGUAUAUGUUGUGAGGUAUGACAAAAUAUAAAGGGAGACAACUUUAUGUCUCCUCAUUAUCAACUUUGCUAGCCGUAAGCCAAGAGUAUCGUGAAAAGGAGAGUAUCGUAUUGAACAUCCUUAGCUAGCGAGGUUGCCUAAGAACUGGCUUCUUCUGUUUUCUUAAAUUAUUUUAUUGAACAAAUUUAAAUCAUAAUGUAUGUGAUACAAAGUUGAUUCUUCUUAUAGUUGUACAUGUGAUAUAACUCCAAGUCCACAAAAAUAACAGAGUUGUCUUGAUUAGCCUACACAAAUCAGGAUGAAUGAUACCUGUACUACACAUUUAUUGUUGGGACCAUAAAACACUCUCAAGGACAAAAUGAAGUGAUUUAUCACUGACUUAGAUUGUAGGCAACUGAUGGUUCUGUAUAGACAUAGAGCAGAUAUUUCGCUCUUAAAGUAGUAAAUUACAUUUGUGAGUGAAUUUUUAGUCACUAAUCCGAUUUAAAUUAUGCAAUUAAGAAAAUAAUUAAUAAAAGGCAAAUGAAUAAUCUGUGGUAAUUCUGUUUUAGUAAAUUGUAUUGGUUGUUAUAUCAUGUUUUGUUGGUUACGGUAAUAUACAUAAAUGUUGUUAUUGUCAAUUCCAAAGGGUCAGUAUCAUACAAAUGUCAAGACAACAUGUAGAGGUCAUUGUCCAACUACAAAUGGUAAUGUUGAUAUGAUCCUAUAUAUAUAUAUAUAUAUAAUAUUCCGGAUACUAAAAGUCAAAUAAAUAUAUUAUAAGUUGAGCAGAUGAUAGACUAUACCCAUCACUUCCUAGUAUAACAAGGACAUCAUGUGUGUUAGAAAUAGUUUGUAUUACGAGUUGCAACUAUAUAUUAGAGUGGCCAGCAAAUUAUUUAUAUUUGAUAUCAAUUUCUUAUAUAUAUAAUUACUUACAAAUUGAUCAACCAAGUACUGAGGUCAGUUUCGUAAGAUAAAUUCUUCAUUUAAUCAUGAUCAGAAACUGAUGAUUUUGAGAUAUUGUGAUGUUGAGUGUUCUGAUUGAGUGUAUUUUGUAUCAGAUCUGAUAGCGAGAGUUUGUGACUUAUAAAUUGCUGAUAAUCUUAAGUUUGAGGAAGCAUUUUUUGUUUGUUUUUUUUAAAUUUUAUAUAUGAUCAUGGUGAUGAAAAUCAAUAAACUUGGAUCACUA